CAAAGAAGAAACAUUGUACGACACUGGGUAACCCGUCGACGUCACACCAUGAAGUUCCUUUCGCUUCUCCUGCUGGUGGUUCUCCUGAGCCUCGCCCUCGGCUACAGAAUCGGACGCCGUGAUCCCCAGGAGAAGGUAGAGCUGCUGCAGGAAAUCGGACACGUUUCUCAGCAUCGCCAAGAGGUCUCGGCGGGUCAGCGAUCAGAGGAAGAGGCGCAGCUCGCGGCACAGCAGCAUCAGGAACAGCAUCGCCAGCAGGUGUCACAGCAUGAUUACACAGGGGAAACGCAGCAGCAGCAGACUGAGGAUAUACAGCAAGUUUCACAGCAGGAGGAAGAAACACAGCAAGUUUCACAGCUUCACCAAGAACGAGUUUCACAGCAGGUUGGAGAAACACAGCAAGUUUCACAGCUUCAUCAGAAGGAAGUUUCACAGCAUGAUGAAGAACCACAGCAAGUUUCACAGCUUCACCAAGAACGAGUUUCACAGCAGGUUGGAGAAACACAGCAAGUUUCACAUCUUCAUCAGAAGGAAGUUUCACAGCAGGUUGGAGAAACACAGCGAUUUUCACAGCAGGAUGAAGAAACACAGCAAGUUCCACAGCUUCAUCAGGAACAAGUUUCACAGCAGGAUGGAGAAACACAGCAAGUUUCACAGCUUCAUCAGAAGGAAGUUUCACAGCAGGAUGAAGAACCACAGCAAGUUUCACAGCUUCAUCAGGAACAAGUUUCACAACAGGUUGGAGAAACACAGCAAGUUUCCCAGCUUCAUCAGAAGGAAGUUUCACAGCAUGAUGAAGAACCACAGCAAGUUUCACAGCUUCACCAAGAACGAGUUUCACAGCAGGUUGGAGAAACACAGCAAGUUUCACAGCUUUAUCAGGAACAAGUUUCACAACAGGUUGGAGAAACACAGCAAGUUUCACAGCUUCAUCAGAAGGAAGUUUCACAGCAUGAUGAAGAACCACAGCAAGUUUCACAGCUUCACCAAGAACGAGUUUCACAGCAGGUUGGAGAAACACAGCAAGUUUCACAGCUUCAUCAGGAACAAGUUUCACAACAGGUUGGAGAAACACAGCAAGUUUCCCAGCUUCAUCAGAAGGAAGUUUCACAGCAGGAGGAAGAAACACAGCAAGUUUCACAGCUUCACCAAGAACGAGUUUCACAGCAGGUUGGAGAAACACAGCAAGUUUCCCAGCUUCAUCAGAAGGAAGUUUCACAGCAUGAUGAAGAACCACAGCAAGUUUCACAGCUUCAUCAGGAUCAAGUUUCACAACAGGUUAGAGAACCACAGCAAGUUUCACAGCUUCAUCAGAAGGAAGUUUCACAGCAGGUUGGAGAAACACAGCAAGUUUCACAGCUUCAUCAGGAACAAGUUUCACAACAGGUUGGAGAAACACAGCAAGUUUCCCAGCUUCAUCAGAAGGAAGUUUCACAGCAUGAUGAAGAACCACAGCAAGUUUCACAGCUUCACCAAGAACGAGUUUCACAGCAGGUUGGAGAAACACAGCAAGUUUCACAGCUUCAUCAGAAGGCAGUUUCACAGCAUGAUGAAGAACCACAGCAAGUUUCACAGCUUCAUCAGGAUCAAGUUUCACAACAGGUUAGAGAACCACAGCAAGUUUCACAGCUUCAUCAGAAGGAAGUUUCACAGCAGGUUGGAGAAACACAGCAAGUUUCACAGCUUCAUCAGGAACAAGUUUCACAACAGGUUGGAGAAACACAGCAAGUUUCACAGCUUCAUCAGAAGGAAGUUUCACAGCAUGAUGAAGAACCACAGCAAGUUUCACAGCUUCAUCAGAAGGAAGUUUCACAGCAGGAUGGAGAAACACAGCAAGUUUCACAGAACAGAACAGAACAAGUUUCACAGCUUCACCAAGAACAAGUUUUACAGCAACAUCAAACACAAGUUUCAGAGCACAACCGGGAGGAAACACAACAAAGUUCACAUCAGUACCAAGACUUAGUUUCACAGCAUCAGCAGCAGAAAGAUGAACCACUAGAGGAAACAGAACAAGCUUCACAGCACAAUCAACAUAAUAAGGAAACGCAUGAGGAUUCCCAGCAUCACGAGCGGAGUGAUGAUGAAACGCAGCAAAAGAACGAGAGCACAAAUCAGGCAUCACAGCUUCACCUAGAAAGACAGAGAAGCCAAGAAGAAAAACAUGAUUCGAAUGGUGAAAUAGAUCACAUUUCGCAGCAUCACCCACAGCAUGUCUACCUAGCUGGGUCCAGAAAAGAGACGUGCCUGCCCCCGCUCACCGUCACAAUCUCCGUCCCAACUUACCUCACUACAACGGCCACCAGCAACCACACACUCCUCUCAUUUGUCCUGGAACCCACAUACAUCACGGAGACCCAGUAUGUGACGGACACUGAGACCUCAACUCGUUACACAGAGACCGUCAUGGCCCUGCGGAAAGUGGUAAGUGUCACAGAGACAGAAACGGAAUUUGUUACCCAGCACGUCACAGAACGCGUGACGGCCACAGAACUGCAAACUAAUUACGUAACAUUCACAGUAGAGGUUGAAGAUUACGUCACCGCCACGAACGAUUGCCACAGUCCCGUUAAAGGUGGUUUUUAAUGUACUUCACUUGACUAUGUAAUUAUUGCAUCACUUUCGUGCGAUGAUUUUUCAAAGGAACAUUUCAGUUUGUCGGAUCAUUAUUACAACAGUCAUCAAUGUUGAUGAUUAUAUCAUUAGUAUCAUCUU